UGCGCUUGCGCAUGGGGGGGCCGGAAACUGAAACCGGAGCGACUACGCUUCCGUUUCUGGUUUUCCCUCCAGUGUUUGGGUUUCUUCGCCGCCGGUCAAGAUGAACCGAUUCUUCGGAAAAGCGAAACCCAAGGCUCCGCCGCCUAGCUUGACUGACUGCAUUGGGACGGUGGAUAGCAGGGCAGAAUCCAUUGACAAAAAAAUUUCCCGGUUGGAUGCUGAGCUAGUGAAAUAUAAGGAUCAAAUCAAGAAGAUGAGAGAGGGCCCUGCCAAGAACAUGGUCAAACAGAAAGCCCUGAGGGUUUUAAAGCAAAAGCGAAUGUAUGAGCAGCAACGAGACAACCUUGCCCAGCAGUCCUUUAACAUGGAGCAGGCUAAUUACACCAUUCAGUCACUGAAGGACACCAAGACCACGGUAUGCCCACAGCAUCCUGAUUUGGUUGAUGCCAUGAAAUUGGGAGUGAAGGAAAUGAAGAGGGCGUACAAGCAAGUAAAAAUUGACCAGAUUGAGGAUUUACAAGACCAGCUGGAAGAUAUGAUGGAAGAUGCAAAUGAAAUCCAGGAAGCACUGAGUCGAAGCUACGGCACUCCAGAGUUAGAUGAGGAUGACCUGGAGGCAGAGUUGGAUGCACUGGGCGAUGAGCUUCUGGCUGAUGAAGAUAGUUCCUACUUAGACGAAGCAGCAUCUGCACCUGCAAUUCCAGAAGGUGUUCCCACUGACACAAAAAACAAGGAUGGAGUGCUGGUGGAUGAAUUUGGACUCCCACAGAUUCCAGCUUCCUAGACUUUCAGCAUUCCAGCAUACACAGUGUAAA